AGCGCCCCUCUGCUCUCCCCGGCGCGUCCCCUUCUCCCAGAGCCUUGUGUCUCCACGGCCCCUCCGGAGCCCCCUGGGGUGGAGCCCAGCCCUCCACGCUGCCUCACGCUGCAGGAGAAGCUCCUUGCCCACCACAGCAGCUGGCUGGCCCUGCCCGAGGCACAGGGAUCCCUCGCUCCACAGCUGGCCAGGAGCAUCUGCUCUCAGCUGCAGAACUUCCUGAGGAGCAAGUGCCCGGAGCUGCCCUUUGGCAGCUUCUUCCUCAGUGGUCCCCUCCUCGAUGGCCUCGAGGCUCUGGCAGCUGACCACGUCCACCUCAUGCUGCCCGUGGCCCUCGACGCCGCGCUCUGGAGCCUCAUCCCGGGAGAGGACACCGUGGUGAGCAACCCCCGGUACUGGAUGAUCAAGAGGACUGAUCUGGAGUAUUUCCCUCGUGGGUGCAGCCCCUGGGACAGGUUCAUCGUGGGCAGGUACCUCUCCUCCAAUGCUCUCAACGAGACCCUGCAUAAGCUGUUGGUGGCCUCCAUCAACUGGCCUGCCAUAGGCAGCCUGCUGGGCAGCGUCAUCCACCCGGUCGUGGCCUCCCAGGAGCUCAAGCUGGAAGUCAAACACGAGCAGGUCGAGCUGAGCAUCACCCUCUUCCCAGUGGUGGAAAUGGACGACAGGGUUCUUCUGGCUGCUCCUCCUGAAGGACUGGUGGAAAAUCUUUGGCUGGAGAGCUUUUCCAGGGCGGAGGUGUCCCUGGUGAAGGAGCUGGACGCCGGGGACUCGGGUGCUCGGCAGCGCUGCCUCCGCCUCCUGAACGGCGUCUGCAGGAGCCACCCUGCCCUGCACAGACUGAGGGGCAGCCCCCUGACCCACGUCGUCCUGCACCUCAGUGCCACCGGCCUGGACUGGGCAGAAGAAAGCCUUGCUGACAGGUUCCUGCAGGUGCUCGAGGAGCUGGUGGGCUACCUGGAGAAAGGGGUCCUGCCUUCCUAUUUCAACCCCAAAAUCAACCUCUUCUGCGAGCUGCUGGAAGAGGAGAUCGAUGAGAUGGGCUUCACGCUCUACAGAGCUGUAUCUGAGCCAGAGCUCCGUCUGAAGGAGAAGUGA